UUUCUCUUAUAAUUCUUUUUUAUUGCCAAGUAAGGAGAGCCUUUCUCCAUUUCAAAAUAACAUGAAAGCGCCACUGCAAUUUGAACCAACAGUCUCUCUAACAGACAGCCUUAUUUAUAGACACUGUGUGACUGUGUGCUUUCCUUGGUGCUGUCUGAACAAUUUUCAAGAACCAAGAAUUUGCUGAAGCUUCAAAAUUCAAAUUUCACUACAAUUUUCCUCAGGUACAAGCUUAAUUCAAGUUCUUUUUCAUUAAAAAUCCCAGUAAUUUUACUACCCACUUCAUUUUCUUGGCUAAAAAUCUGAUCUUUACAUUGUUUUUCUCAAGAAUGUUGCGAAACCUUCGAAAAAGUUCCAAUCUUGAGGAAAAAGAGAAUACCCAAGUGAAUAUUAACAUAAUUGUAGAUGAAGAAGUAGGUUUUAAGAGCACAAAAGUUUGUAAAACCCCUUUAAAGGCUAGCAAAAAUAGAAAUGUAGAUGCAAUGUUGCCACUAAAGACAUCCGAAAAGCAAGGGGUUUUAGCAGAGAAUUCAUAUGGGGUUGGUCAAAAGAAUGUAGUUAGCUCAAAUGUGUUUGAAAUGGGGAUUGAUUCGAUUCGAUAUAAUAAGAAUGGGAAUGGGGGUUUUGCUAAUGUGAUCACUCCUAUGCCAAGUAGAGCAAAUGGGAAAGGUAGUUUAAGUAAUUCGACACAAUGCACACCUAUUAAGAGUGUUAUUAGGCCUCCAAACCCGAAACUUUGUUUAACUGGUGGUGGAACUGGAGCUGCAUCUGUCGGUGGAGGUGCUAGGAUGGCUAAUUUUGAAGCAUUGUCUAAAGGGGUUCCGAUUUCUAGUAGUUCAUCGACUGUGGUUAACUCUAUUGAAGUUCCGCAAUUUGGUAUUAAGGAAGAUCCAUCCUUCUGGAUGGAUCACAAUGUGCAAGUACUGAUACGCGUUCGCCCCCUUAGUGGUGCAGAGAAAAGUAUGUUUGGUUAUAACAGGUGUCUGAAGCAAGAAAGUGCACAAUGUAUUACCUGGAUUGGACAGCCCGAAAGUCGAUUUACAUUCGAUCAUAUAGCCUGUGAAACCCUUGAUCAGGAAACGCUUUUUACUGCUAUUGGCCUGCCAAUGGUGGAGAAUUGCCUUUCGGGAUAUAACAGCUGUAUUUUUGCUUAUGGACAGACUGGAAGCGGUAAGACAUAUACAAUGCUUGGUGACGUCAAUAACCUAGGAGACAAGUCCAAUCCUGAUCGUGGAAUGACAUCACGUAUAUUUGAGUUUUUGUUUGCAAGAAUACAAGCAGAGAGAGAAAGCCGAAGGGAUGAAAGAUUGGUCUACAAUUUGAAAUGCUCCUUUUCAGAGAUAUACAAUGAACAAAUUACUGAUCUUCUUGAUCCUUCUUCCACUAAUUUGCUACUCCGUGAGGAUACAAGGACAGGUAUAUAUGUUGAAAACCUCUCGGAAUAUGAAGUGCAAACUGUUGGUGACAUUUUAAAGCUUCUUAGUCAGGGUUCGGCAAAUAGAAAAGUAGCUGCAACAAACAUGAAUAGGGAAAGCAGCCGUUCACACAGUGUCUUUACAUGUGUGAUUGAGAGUAGGUGGGAAAAGGAUUCUAUGCCCUAUCUACGGUUUGCAAGGUUGAACCUUGUUGAUCUUGCCGGUUCAGAAAGGCAGAAAACUUCUGGUGCUGAGGGAGACCGUCUCAAGGAAGCAGCUAAUAUAAACAAAUCAUUAUCUACACUGGGUCACGUCAUUAUGCUUCUUGGAGAUGUAGUACAUGCUAAGACAAAGCAUGUUCCUUAUAGAGAUUCAAAACUGACAUUUCUUCUUCAAGAUUCAUUGGGCGGAAACUCAAAGACAAUGAUUAUUGCCAAUGUCAGCCCCUCUAUCUGCUGUGCUGCUGAAACACUGAACACCUUAAAGUUUGCACAACGAGCAAAACUAAUCCAAAAUAACGCUGUAGUAAACGAAGAUUCACCUGAAGCUGUAACUGCAUUAAAAUACCAGAUUCACCUUCUAAAGGAGGAACUUCUUGUAUUCAAAAAGCAAAAUGUGGCUCGAUCUCUUACAUUUGGUUCAACAUCCAUUGGAGAUACAAGGCAAGAAAUUGGCAGUGCUUGCAUCAAUAAGGAACUUGAAGUGGGUUGUCAGAAUAAGGGAGGUUCAUCAACGCUGGAGUCCAAUUUGAAGGCCACGUCUUUUAAUGAACAACUUUUUGAGGCUGUUCAGCAGGAGAAUGAAGAGAUGCAUAAAAUUCUUUCGAGUCAGACACAAGAAGUUGUCGAUUUACAGCUGGAAUCGGAUAUUCUGAAGAUCAUGUUGCAAGAAGAGAGGUCUCUUCGUCGUGACCAGGAGAAUAAAGCACUUUGCUUGGACAGGAAUCUUGAGUUGGCUGAAGAAAAAGCUGCACAACUAAUCAACCAAUAUGAGAAUAUAAAGGACGAGCUCAGAGUAGCAAAAUCACUUAUUGAAGAUCUAGAGUCUCAAAAGCUUGCAUCCUCUAGGGAAAUGGAGGAUCUUUGGAAUAGUAGCAACCACUAUGCGGAUAAAUCGACUGAAAUCUCUUUGUUGAAAAACAAAGCUUUAAAUCAGGUGAAUCUGUUCUCUUCCAAACUUCCUAAAUCUGAAGAAUCUAAUUUAGAAGUUCAGUUCACAAAGAUGCAUAAUUGUCUUGAAGAAGUAAGGAGGUUGAAUACGUGGCACCAUAAUGAAUUUUCACCUCACGGAUCGAAUGAGAAUGGAAUUGAUGAAGUUCUAAGGCAGGAUCGAGCUGCAACCGCCAAGCUGAUAGUUUGCUUGCAAGGUGAACUUAGCAUUCUCCAGCAGCAAGUUCAAGAGAGUUACCUAAGAGAGAUAGAAACAGAAGGCAAGUUCACAAUUUUAAAUAUUGAGCACAAUGAGUUGCACAAAAAGUUAGAAGCUGUUACUCAAAAUAAUAGAAGUUUAGUUGAAAAGAUUGACGAGAAAGAUAAAGAAUAUAAAUCAUUGUCUGAUAUGCUGGAAUCAAUGACAACUGAGAUUGAAGCUGUUCUUUCUUGUGGGCAGAAGGCUCUCGAAGAUGCCACUGAUCAGAUUGAUGAUAUCUCUGGUUCUUUACCUCAAAGAAGAAAAUUGGUGUCUGAACAACUGAGCAGGAUGACAAGAAGCAUAUCUGAAAAGGAGUUCAUGAUUGAAGAACUCACUCGCUAUCUGGAGGAUGCAACUACUAGAAGAAGUGAAAUGGAGAGCAUGUUGAGAUCCUUGAGAGGAGCAGCUCUGGUUAUAACUCAAGAACACCAACAAAAUUUCAGGGAAAAGGAGAAAGAAUUCAUUCUUUUGACGUCAGAACUGAGUGAGAAAAUAUCGAUCAUAGCAGAGUUGGAGAACAAAUUGAAGCGUGUAGAGGAAGCGCGAAGGGAAGCAUCAUUGUGUGCCACUGCUGCUUUUCUUGUUGUAAGCAGAUUGACUGAGAAGAACUGUGAAAACCUAAAUGCAUUGAAGAAUAAAGAUAUUCAGCUUAUAGAAUCCAUAGAAUUAAGCAUGAAGAAAGAUGUUUUUCUCCAUAGUAAAUUUGUAGAAAAUGGACAGAAACAAACAUGUUUUCCCAGAAGCAACCUAGAAGUGGCACACUUGCAACUGUGCGGAGCACUGAAACAUGUCAGUGAUAUGGAACAAAACCUUAAACAAGUUGAAAAAAUUAACAUUAUGAAGACACCGAAGAUCCUUGCAGUGUUAAAAGAUUACUUAUUAACUCUUGAAUCAUGGCUUAAGCAUAAUGUUGAUGUAUUAGAAUAUGAGGAUGAGAAGCUUAUACUUGAUCUAUCUGCCAAGGAGAUUGAGGUUCUUGUUUUGGCAUCAGAACUAGAACAAAUGGCUUUUGAUAAAUUCAGAUUGCAAACAGAGCAUGCAAGAUCUUUUACUGUUCUAGAAAAAGUUACAGAAGACCUGGUACUAACAUAUUUAGAUGCGGAGUUGAAAGACUGGAUCUUGCUUGACAUGGAAAGUGAGGUUACUAGUCUUCUAAAUGUAGUUGCUGUAACAAAAUCAGAAGUAAACAAAAGAAACUCGGAAAUUACAGAGAUAUUAAAGGUAAAAGAGGAUUUUGAGCAAGAACUUAAGCUACUGAAGAAUGUUGGUUCUUCAGAUGAUGAUUUGAGAAAAGAAAUCGGGGGAGUGACAAAAGCAAAUAUGAGACUGUCAUCCAAGAUUGCUAAACUUAAACAUGAAUAUGAAAAAUCAUUGGAUGACAUGCAAGUGUCUUCUAAUGAGGAAGGAAGAAGGCUUCAAGAAGCUCUCUAUCAUAUCCAAGUUCUUGAGCAAGAGAUAGCUGCUAAAGAUAGAGAGCCUGCGAAUAAUGACAAGCUUGCUGCUGGGAGACCUCCCAUUGUUAAGCUUAAAACUUUGGGUGUAAAUGGACAGGAGAUAUUAAUGCUUGACUCAAGUAUAGCAGCUGCAAAGAGCUUAACACAUGAUGUAUUGUGUGAUUUACGGGACCUUAAGUCAGACAUUUGCGGAUAUAUGUCAUCACUGGAUAAGCAUUAAGCAUGAAACAGAAGACUUGACGUUAUUAGUGUUGAAGUUUAUGGUAAGGAUCAGGAGGUUAUCAAGCUGAAGGAGUAAGUAAGCUAGUCGAGUAAAGCAGUAUGAAGGUGAUGGAACAUGAAUCUGAAGCUAGGCCACCACAGUAUCCUACCAUUCAAAAGAAGCUUAAAGCAUUGUAGCAUAAGGAUUGCCACUUGCUGCUAAGGACACUGAUAGGACUUUUCGAAGGCAAUAGAAAGCUAAAGCUGCACCUUGCUGAAAGCUGCGGAUCAAGAACGGUACAUAUGGGUUUAUAAGGAUCAUAUCAGAUUUUCCAAACAGAUUCCGAGUUCAGCACCAUGCUGAGAGUCACCCAUCAUCAUUCAUCAACAAAGCAUAGAUCCAUCAUCCAUAUUUGGAAGGAUGUCAACUGAAAACAUUUACCAGAGGGAUAAAUCAGUCGAUCAAUCUCAAUGCGCAAACCUUUGUGCUCGUCAUUAUGAAACUGCUAAAUAAAAUUCUGCAAAGCUGACAUCUGCAUCACUGGGGUAAACUACUUCAGAAGCGAGUUUCGGUGAAUUACUCAAGGGAAAUGACUAGAUUGUACUAUGAUUUCGACAGUGUGAUGUAAUUACUGAACUAAUUAUAUUUCAGAAUUAGUGUUAUGGUC